CGGAACCUUGGACCGAAAGAGUUUCAGCCGUAGAGGUUGUCGAUCUUCGGCGAAGAAUGCCAUGCCGAGAGGUCGUGCUAAGAGUAACGAAGAUUCGAGAAAUCAUCUACGAGUUGAAAAUAAAGAGAACGAGGAAGAAGUAGUGGCUCGGAAUCAUACCCAGGAAGAGAGAGUGCAGGGUGAGCUCGAUGAGUCCCUGAAUGAUUUAUCAGGAGAAGCAGCAAAGGAUGAACCUGGAGGAUCAGUACCAAAGAGUAUAGAAAAAGACCUAGGUCAGAAACCUUAUAAGCAGGCUAGUCCAGGUCGUUCAUACGUAACAAGUGGUACUGGAGUCACUCCAGUGAGAAGAACCAGCAUCACCAACGUCGCCAUCUGCUCGAGCAUCGCACCCAGUCUGGUCGGCGUUUUCCCAGGAGUCCCACCAUCGUUACUACCCGUGAAACCGGAAGCUGAAGACAUCAUCUACAGGAGUCAGACAGUCUCGAAUCUGUCAAGCUCUACGAAUCUAAGCGACGACGCCAUCUUGGACGACACGUCACGUGGUCAUAAGAAGAGGUUAUCCUUUCUACGUCUUCAUAUACCCGACCCACCCGAUUGGGUUAAUGGAUUUCAUCAUCAAAGUACCAUCGCUGAACCAACUGACAACGAAGAUGAUUACAGUCAUCACCAUCAUCAUCAUCAUCAUCACCAUCAUACCUUCGGAUCGCAUUUUCCGCAUAUUCAUGUACCGACGCUCACCUUCACCGCUCCUGCGUCAGAUGGCACUGGCCGCAAGUUCAACUUUGGCAUACGAAGACAUUCCCAGACGACCUUGCAUCGUACGGACUCCAUGGUCUCGCUGUGCUAUCGCUCACUCAUCAGCUACAUCACCGAUGACAACCUCACGGGUCUACAGAACUUCUUGGAGAACAAGAGAGUGCAGGUGGACGACCGGGACGACAAUGGCAGCACAGCCCUCAUACACGCAGCAUCCAAAGGGAAGAUACAAUUUGUACGGGAGAUCUUAAAUCAUGGUGCCGACGUAAACGCUGAGGAUGCAGAUAACUGGACAGCAUUGCUGUGCGCAGCUAAAGAAGGUCACACAGAGAUCUGUUUGGAAUUACUUGAACAUGGAGCCGAUCCAGAGCACCGUGACAUGGGCGGUUGGACGGCUCUCAUGUGGGCGACGUAUAAGGGUAGAUCAGAAACGGCGUCGCUGCUUCUGUCACGUGGAGCAGACGUCAAUGCCCAUGGGAACUUUCACAUAUCAUCUCUACUAUGGGCCGCAGGCAGAGGAUAUUCCGACAUUACGAAAGAUCUUAUUGCUCACGGGGCUAAGGUCAACGUGGGAGAUAAGUACGGUACCACUGCGUUGAUUUGGGCUUCCCGUAAAGGAAAUGUUGAAAUAGUUGAUACUCUAUUAAAAGCCGGUGCUAAUGUCGACACUGCAGGCAUGUACUCGUGGACGGCUCUUCUCGUGGCUACGCUUGGAAACCACGUGGAUGUCGUAAUGCUGUUACUGGAACAUCGUCCUAACGUGAACGCGUUAGAUAAGGAUGGCUGCACGGCAUUGGCAAUUGCAUGCCGCGAAGGGUACCACGAGAUAGCCAAUGCCCUUUUAAAUGCUGGCGCUUAUAUCAAUAUCCAGGACAGGGCUGGGGAUACUAAUCUUAUUCACGCUGUGAAGGGUGGCCAUAGAGGCGUCGUAGAGUCACUCUUGAAGAAAUAUGCGGACGUCGACAUCGCCGGAAAGGAUAAGAAAACCGCGACUUACAUAGCUGUUGAGAAAGGCAAUACGGCGAUAUUGAAAUUGUUACUGAAUGCCAAUCCAGACCUGGAGAUUGCGACCAAAGACGGGGACACACCGUUACUCAGGGCUGUCAGGUCUCGCAAUGCUGAAAUAGUACAAUUGCUUUUGGAUAAAAAGGCAAAAGUCUCGGCUACGGAUAAGAAGGGUGACACUGCCCUGCAUAUUGCUAUGAGGGCCAGGUCGAAGGCCAUCGUCGAGAUACUUUUGAGAAAUCCAAAGAAUAGUCAAUUGUUAUAUCGGCCCAAUAGGCAAGGCGAGACACCCUAUAAUAUUGACGUGAAUCAUCCUAAGACCAUCCUGGGACAGAUAUUCGGUGCUCGGCGACUUAAUACGAAUGAGGAUAAUGAAAAUAUGCUGGGGUAUGAUCUGUACAGUAGCGCCCUGGCUGAUAUACUUAGCGAACCGUCCUUGUCCACCCCUAUCACUGUUGGACUUUAUGCCAAAUGGGGAUCAGGCAAGUCAUUCCUCCUGAACAAGCUUAAAGAGGAGAUGAAGAAUUUCGCAAGGCAAUGGAUCGACCCGGUGUUCCAAUUUUCAUCCUUACUUUUCCUAGUAGUUACACACUUGUCUCUAUUGAUGGGUGUCAUCGUGGGACUGGCUGUUCAGUCCUGGAUAGUGGGUCUUGCCUCUGGUCUCAUUCUCAUCACAGUUGUUUAUGUCUUCCUCGUGUUAAUCUGGUAUGCCAAUCAAAGGUAUGAUUGGUACUGGCCGUACAACUUCACUGUUGCUCUUACCACUAAAUUAAAUUCACUGAAGCUGCUGCUCCAGGUGACCUUUUGCCAUCCUCCUGGUGCUCAGGUCAGUGACAGCUUGGCUGCUCAACCAAUAAAGUUUUACUUCACGGAUCAGACUCGUGUGGGUACCACGGCAGCUGGUGAAAAUGCUGUUGUCCAAAUGGUGGGAUCUCUAUACGAUUCCAUUGAAGCUGAAUAUGGAUCCCUGACAACAAGACUGUACAGGGCUUUCCGGCCGAAGUCAGCGAAGUCUACUUCCUCCUGGAAAUGGAGGCAUCUCUGUUGUCUGCCGCAUGUUAUCAUUUUUGAAUUUUGCUUCUGCAGUUUCCUCGUUGGCAUUUCUAUACUCACGGUGUAUGUCAUCGGCAUAAACAAUUCCAGACACAAGAUCGACGAAUUCACGGCUCACAUUAUCCUAGGGACUGUCGCUCUGGUCCUGGCAAUUAGUGUGAUCGCAAAUUUAUAUACCUGGAGCAGAAUACUCAAGGCGUUAAUCUUCUCACAGAGACGACAUCUUCAGAGAAGCAUUGCGAAAUUAGAGACAUUAAAGAGCGAGGGUUUCAUACAGACACUAAGAGGUGAAGUCAGUCUUAUGACUGAAAUGGUCAAGUGCUUGGACAGCUUUACGGCUCAACAGAGCAGACUGGUCAUUAUCGUAGAUGGACUUGACAGUUGUGAGCAGGAUAAAGUACUCUUGGUAUUGGAUGCCAUACAGGCGUUGUUCAGUGACAACGGAUACCCCUUUAUCGUAAUCCUGGCAAUCGAUCCGCAUGUCAUAGCCAAGGCGGUUGAAGUAAACAGUAGAAGGCUGUUCACGGAAUCAAAUAUUGGCGGACACGAUUACCUACGUAACAUGGUGCAUCUACCGUUCUAUCUUCAAAAUAGUGGAUUGCGCAAAGUCAAGGUCGCUCAACAGACCGCUCAGCACAGUAAAAAGACAGCAUGGAACGAAGCGGAGGAGAGUGUCAAUUAUGCGACAACCAGCGCGAUACAUCAUUCGGUAUCCAAUCGCCGUCUGAGUACAGAAUCCGGUGUAAUGAACAGUAAUGAAAAAUUGAAACCACCAAGUAGAAAGGGUAGCAGAAAAUUGCGACUGAGCGAAUCCAUCGCUAGUAGCAUUGGCAGCAAUUUAAACCGUCUUGGUGGCGCUCACGAUCUCAACAAGAUGUUGCUCACUGAUGAUUAUUUCAGCGACGUCAAUCCACGCAGCAUGAGACGUCUCAUGAACGUCGUUUACGUUACCGGACGAUUAUUGAAAGCAUUCCAAAUAGACUUCAACUGGUACCACUUGGCUAGCUGGAUCAACAUUACUGAACAGUGGCCAUUCCGAACAUCCUGGAUGAUAUUACAUUAUGAUUUAUACGAGGAGACUUUGGAUGAUUCCAUGUCGUUAAAGAGUCUUUAUGACAAAGUGCGUCCGCAAAUUCCAGUAAUAAAAGACGUGCAGCCGCUUCUGGAGAUGGACAGGGAUGAGAAGAAACUUGACGUGUUUUUGACCUUCCAUCGGUCUAGUUUGCUCGUUAGCGACAUGAAGAUAUUCCUACCAUUUACCAUCAAUCUUGACCCUUAUAUACGGAAGAAGAUAAAGGAGGAGCAACAGUCUAUUGACGAAGAAGGAGGCCAAGGACUCUACAAGCCAUUAGCACCGUGGAACAAUACGCAUGGCAUAAUCGCCGAACAAUGGGCGAACAAUAGGAACGUACUUACGCAUAGACAACCUCGAGCCGAUAAGACAAAUAAUCCUAUAAUUCAGUCCUGGCCUAUUGCGCCAGCCAUUGAAUGGCAACCACCACCUUGGAUUCAAAUGCCACCUAUGGAACCGCCAGUUCCUAAACCGCUGUCAGCCACCACGACUUUACCAGCGGAGAUCCUGGAUAUAAGACUGUCCUCGUUAUCGGUAAACGGAGUAUGCGAUCUCCUGGAAAAGAUCGAGGAUCUUAAUGCUAAUCAGGUAUCGCGAUAUAAGAAUGUCAUUCGUGAUAACAACAUAAGUGGCCGAGUCCUGUUGCACUGUGAUAUGCAGGAAUUGAAGAAAGUGUUAAAAAUGAGCUUUGGCGACUGGGAACUCUUCCGCAUGGUGGUCGUGUCGUUGCGCGAAGCAGAACUAUCUUCGGUCACUACCCACGAGGAAGGUCCACGAAGCGUCCGUUUCGUUGUUGGUCCCGAGCAAGUUACACGCAAGGAUUUGACUCCGCAAAACAGUACUUCACGAGGACCCACCCACGUGGAGAAAGAGAAGUCCAUUUCGAGAACGGACGGUCCACCUAGACGAGAUCAAACAAAACAAUCCAUAAUGGAGAAGCAGUUCCAGGUUACCCUGGAGGAGCAGAUGAUCUGUGGAGCCCUGCAGACUCUAAACGAGGAAGCUUGCGAGGACGUUCUGGACGUGCCGGGACCUACGGUCGUCCCUAGUGACUCACUUUCAGGUGAACGUCCAAGAUCCCUCGGUAGCACGGCCCCUGACACCGACUAUGUCCUGCUCCAAGCAUCUCCGCUUUAUCACUGGAUCCCCGUGCCCGACGAGCCCGAGAGCUCCGACGAGAGUUCACAGGACACGACCGGCAGACUGCGUCGUUCCAAUUCCCAGCAGAGCGUCGUCUCCCAGCGCAGCACAAGAUCCACGUGUUCCCAGGGACGACGUCAGAGAACCAACAGCAGCAGCAACAGGCCUGCCUCACUUCUGAUAUCACCACCGGCUUCUCCGAGACCUGCCUUAAGGUCGAGAUCUACCGAUGAGAAUUGUCUAGGGAAUAACAUUGCACUGAAGACGACGUCUUCGUUGGCGCCUUUGAAGUCACGUCGGUCUAACGACAACGUGGCUGUUUCCGCUCUUGUAGGGACGAGCAGCUUGGAGAGACUCGGAAAAUUCAAGGAUAAACUGAUUGGUGCUAUACCUGGUGCGUCCUACGAACACGAGAGUGACGACGAGUCGACGCCUCUUGUGUCGGAAUUGUCUACGCCAACGCACUCGAAUUCCGAUGGGUUCCGGCACGAGUUCAGUCCGGCUGAUAGCACUGAUAUUUCACCCACUUCGAACAAAAGCCUUCCUCAGGGUGGAGAACGAUCCUUGGAAGUUGAUUAUGCGGAUUCCAUAAGCUUAGUUAUACGUGAAAGCUCCACCGGACGUACUCUUUCGCGUCAGAAUGCUGAGGACUGGGAAAAUCCGGAAACGCCUGUCUGAUGUUUUUUUACUUUAGCAUUUAGGCUAGACUAGUGAAUACUAAUAUUCUUCAUGCCUUCUGAUUGAUAUACUUUUAUCUUUAUUUGACACUUACGUCAUAUAUUAGUGACGUCUAACUUGCCUUAUGUACAAGUAGAUUUAGAAUUGUAAGUUACACGAAUUAGUAUUAUCGUUUCGCAUUUAAUGACGAUUCUAAUUGGAAUCAAGACACUUGACUCGUGUGGUAAUUAUUAUUUUCAUUUAACUUCGAAUGGUCACAAAAUAUUUGCAGGAAAGACGCUUGGCCUUAUAUGCCGUAAUAAUUAUGUAAGAUGUAAGUGUAUUCGUAUUUAAUCCUUUUGAUUUUUCGUUAAUUUUUUCUCCCCCCCCUCCCGCUCCUCCCCCCAAAGUAUCUUGAAACAAAUUAUCCAUUCUUUCUGUUGUACUUUUGAUUAUAUCCCUGAACGACGUGAGUGUGUAGAGAGAAAUAUUAUUAUAAAUAGCAAGACAAUUGUACAAUAUAGUAUACAUUUGCGUGCCUUAAUUAAAUUCGAUUGAUUUAACCGUU